AUGGCAGUGUCAAAUGACAAAUCAACUUCUAAUGGUAGUACUAAUAAAGUUGCGUCACCAUCUACAAAAUCACCUAUAAAAAUAACAGCGAACGGCCAUGAUGAAAAUAAUAAUUCUAAAGAUCAAUUAUUCACUAUUAAUGAUAUAAUACCUGGUUGUAAAGUAUAUGCUGAAAAAGAUGGAGAAGAAAGAUUAGCUGAAAUAUUACAAGAGCAUCUAAAAAAAGGACGCAAAGUAUAUUAUGUCCAUUAUCAAGAUUUUAACAAGAGAUUAGAUGAAUGGAUAGAAAUAUCAAGAAUAAAUUUUAAUAAACCGUUGAUUCUACCGGAAGUUAAAACUGAAGAAACAAUAAAGACAAAUAAAUCAAAAGUGAAUAAGAAAGUUAAAGUCUCCAAAAUGGAUAAAUCAGCAUCUGCAACUAGUAAACAUCUAAUAACUAAAAAAGAAAAAGAACAACAACAGGAAAAUAAUGAUGCUAUAGAGGUUGGAGAAGAUGAGUUAGAUCUUGAAAAUUUAAAUGUUCAAGGUUUAAAACGACCAGGUGAAGAAUUAAAUCGAGAAGAAGAAAUUAAGAAAUUACGUACAUCAGGUUCAAUGACUCAAAAUCAUUCAGAAGUAGCUAGAGUGAGAAAUUUAAGUACAAUUAUAUUAGGUGAACAUAUUAUUGAACCAUGGUACUUCUCCCCAUACCCAAUUGAAUUGACUGAAGAAGAUGAAUUUUAUAUUUGUGAUUUUACAUUAUCUUAUUUUGGAUCCAAAAAACAAUUUGAAAGAUUUAGAUCAAAAUGCUCAUUAAAACAUCCACCGGGCAAUGAAAUUUAUCGAGAUUCAAAAGUUAGUUUUUGGGAAAUUGAUGGUAGAAAACAAAGAGUCUGGUGUAGGAACUUAUGUUUACUAUCUAAAUUAUUUCUUGAUCACAAGACAUUAUAUUAUGAUGUUGAUCCAUUUUUAUUUUACAUCAUGACUAUUAAAUCAGAAAAUGGACAUCAUAUAGUAGGGUAUUUUUCAAAGGAAAAGGAAUCUGCUGAUGGUUAUAAUGUUGCUUGUAUUUUAACAUUACCAUGCUAUCAAAAAAGAGGAUUUGGUAAAUUAUUAAUCCAAUUUAGUUAUAUGUUAUCAGCAAUUGAGAAAAAGGUAGGGAGUCCCGAAAAACCAUUAUCUGAUUUGGGUUUAUUGAGUUAUAGAGCAUAUUGGACAGAUACAUUGGUGAAAUUAUUAGUUGAAAGAAAUAAUCCAAGUUUAUUUAAAAAGAAUAACCCCCAAUUAAUUGAUGAACUAGAUGAAUCAGAUAUUGAAAAUUAUUCAACACCACCACCAAAUUUAACAUCAUCAAUACUGAAAAAUUUAAAUGAAAUUACAAUUGAAGAUUUAAGUUCAAUUACAUGUAUGACUACUACUGAUAUUUUACAUACUUUAACUAGUUUACAAAUGUUGAGAUAUUAUAAAGGUCAACAUAUAAUUGUAUUAACUGAUCAAAUAAUGAGUAUGUAUGAGAAAUUAAUAAAGAAAGUAAAAGAAGGAAAGAAACAUGAAUUAGAUCCAAAAUUAUUGAAAUGGACUCCUCCAUCAUUUACUGCAAAUCAAUUAAGAUUUGGUUGGUAA